AUGUUGAAAUCGGAAGGUAAAACAGAAGUUAGAUCGAUGGAAUUCCACGAAUUAAUCAUACGUCAUGCGCUAAGGUACAAUUACGUUAAGGUUGUUCGGCUGUUGGUCUCAUCGCUUACCGAUGAAAUGCAUCUUGAAUUUGCAUUUUUCAUUAUGAAAUAUAUCAUUAGCCACCGGAAAUAUACCAAUUAUUCAAUUGUUCGAGAAUUAGCGAAACAAUUGACGAUGUAUAAACUUCCGUCAACAAAUCGAGAAUGUAAUGCAUACCAAAUUGAACGAGCGGCUGCUUACAUUGUAUUGAUGAAAGAUCUUAUUGCUACAAAAGGUAAUCCACGAAGAAGGGCGAGUUUUAUUUCCACAAUUAAAGAAUUUUUACCUAAUACUGAAAAAUUCAAGGAACUUGAUGCUGAAAUUAGGAAAAGUCGUGUAGGUCUUUUGGCAGUUACAAUGAAGGAACACCGAAUUAGCUGGUUACAACGUGAAUUUCAUAAGCGAGCUGAAAAGAUAUCCGCACAAAUUGAUAAAUAUUUGGAUAUUUUACGAACAGAUUUACUACCACCACUAGAGGAAUUUCCACUGGAAAGAUGGGCACAAAGUAGCAUACCUGAGCAAGUUGCUUUAGCGGAUAUUAUCACAUCAAAUGGCCUUUGUGAGGAAAGUCUGCUACAGUACUUCGAACUUAUUCAGGAUACACCAAGUCUUAGUGUUGAUUUCUUCCAUGGAUGUUCGAGUGAUCUGUUUAUGGAAGGACAGAAAAUUUUGAAGUGUAUAGUUAUUGAUUGA